UCACAUAAAGGAACUUUUGCGAUUGGUGUCACUAUGACGCGUGGGGACGCUGAUCGUUUGAAACGAGGCUGAAAGGAAGGGAGGAGAAGUAUAAGAUACGAGGAUAUGCUUCAAACCACCACUGCAUGGAUGGAUGGCAAACAAAGGAGGAAAGCAGGAAGCGAGGGUCAUGCAAUAAUCCCGCUGCAAGAUGUACAGUACAGGAAAUAAAAAUAAAAUUGGAGACGAACGGAAUCUGCAGGGCUGGCUGGUUUGCAUUGCGCAUUGCAGCUGACUGGACCGUCUCAUUCACCCGUUCAACCUUCAAGUCUUACAUCAUGGAUGACUCUCCACCUCCACCUUCUCCUCCUUUCCAUCUGCCACUCUCCGCCCAGACCCUUCGUGAAUAUCAACCUGGGUCCGUUGUUAACGUUAACUUUGGUUCAGAAGGGCGAAGUUACGAGGAUUAUUUCGACAUAACCCCUGCACUGAGGACCGUACCCCAGUUGAUUGGAGGGGGCGUGCCCCCGAUAUCAUCAGCCAAGACACAAGUCCCUCUCUACUCCAUUUCGAUGGCAAAAAAAAAAGAGUUUCAUUGUCAACUCCCCAGUCCUAGUCCACGGUACUUUAUCCGACCACCCCCUUGCCCGCCCUUGACCAUUAACUGCACUCGAAAGAUCCACUCCACAAACGAAACCCUGGCCAAGGGAGGCAACCCAACCCGCCAAUGACACGAGCCCAUGCGUCUUCCCACCUUGCUCAGUAGUUUGGAUGUACUGUACUUUUUACUUCCCUGAGAUUCGCUUUCUCUCCUCACUUGAGAGUCCUUUCUACACAUGAAACCGAUACUCAUCCCCCCGGUCCAAGUAGACCACAUCCCCCUCGAACCCCGCCUCUUUCACCUGGGCCUUGAAAUCCUCCAACGGACUGGCGAACACGUCAUAGUCGUCGAAAUGGAUGGGGAUCGUCACCUGCGGCCGGAUUAAGCGCAUCAGCUCGACCCCCUGGGUUGCGUCCAUCGUCACCA